AUGGCAUCGUCAAAAACUCCACUUGGUGUUCGUAUUACUGAUAUGGUACAUAGAGGUACCGUUCUCGGAUUAGUUGGUGUUUGUGUUGUUGGUAUCGGAAGUAUAACUUUCAACAUAUACGCUAACUCUGAUUACGCCAGAAUGAAUAAGAAUAAAUUAGCGUUUCUGAAAGAACAAUAUGACCAAGCACGUAUUGCUAGCGCUGAAGAAGCAGAUAAAUAA